CCACCAACAAUUGAUAUACCGCAUUCAAAAGGUCUCAGUAAUAUGCAGGUUUCCGAUCUCUGCCACUGCCUCGAAGCAAAGUGUAAGGAGCUUAUAGGAAAUCCUAUGGUUAUGGAAUUGUGCGAGAUUGUCAGGGCAUUUUUAUCUGAUAACAACAAGCCCCCACAAGGCUCUUUUCAUGACGUUAUGUUGAGAUUCAAGGAAACACAAGACUUUUUGUUUGAGGCCGAGAAGGAGAGGAAAGAGGCACUCGCAAAAGAAGCGAUUGUGGAGGAGCGCGAGAGACAAAAGUUAGAAGCUGAGCUGAGGAACGAGCAGGCAGGAUAUACGGGUGAUGCGAACGUGGAGAAACAAGAUGAGUUUAUUCUCUUUAUGCUAUGUCUUUUGACGCGCAUUAGCCUGCUUUGUAUUGUUUCCGAGAACAACUUAGUUUAA